AUGGCAUGCAAGCACGUUGAUGAGUUUGAAUUACGUCCUCCGGGUCCGAGUCAAGCUGUAUAUAAAGAAGAUUGCACACAGUGCUUUGAUUCAGUAGACGAUCCAAGUGGCCUAGAUGUAUGCCUUCAUUGCUUCAAUGGAGGUUGCACAGGAGAAAAAAAUCAUUCUAUGCUCCAUUCUACCUGCCUCAAUCACCCUCUAGCUUUUAACGUUCGUAGAUCACGUCGUAACUUGCAGCGUGAUGAGCCUCCUCAGAAAAUCUCUAAAAUUGCAAUAGCAGCAGAAACAGAGGCCGACCGUUAUGAAUACAAAACAUUUGUCAAGUGCUUCACCUGCAACCUAGAAAAUGUUGAUAAAACAGCUAGUAGACUAGCAGCGGUUACACAGGGUAUCAUGGAGGCUAACUCUUUUUCCAGAAACGAGGAAGUAAAGGCAUGGGAGCAGGUGUACACUACUUGCGAACACAUACUCACCUUAGUUCAAGAGUCGGCGAGGCAGAUACAGUCACAGGAUCUAGGAAUUUGCUCUCUUUGUGAUUUGCAUGAAAAUCUCUGGCUAUGUUUACAAUGCGGGAAUUUAGGUUGCGGAAGAGCCCAGUUUGGGGGCCUCAAGGGACAUUCUCACGGUUUGGAGCAUAAAAACCAAUCUGGUCAUGCAGUAGCUGUCAAACUUGGCUCAAUAACUCCUGAAGGUACCGCUGAUGUUUAUUGCUAUUCCUGCGAUGAAGAGCGAAUUGAUGAUAACCUUGGUGACCAUCUUGAGAAUUGGGGAAUCGUUCUGGCAGAACGCCGGAAAACUGAAAAAAGUUUGACCGAGAUGCAGAUUGAUGAGAAUCUACGCUGGGAAUUUUCUAUGACUGAUGAUCAUGGGCACGAGCUCAAGAGAUUAUAUGGAGAGGGUUUCACGGGACUUAAAAACCUAGGUAAUAGUUGCUACCUAGCCAGUAGUCUCCAAUGCCUCUUUGCAUUACCGCAAUUUCAAAAACGCUAUUUCCUACCGAAAGACACCCAUUUUGUGCAGGAACCAGCUCAGGACUUAGAGACUCAACUCCGAAAGCUGGGAGAUGGUCUACUAUCAGGUCGAUAUUCGCACCCGAGUAUUCACUCCCAUACCAUUAGUGACUCUACAUACCAAAAGGGCCUUGCUCCCUCGAUGCUGAAAUCUCUUGUAGGGAAAAACCACCCGGAAUUUUGUACGAUGCGGCAGCAAGAUGCAUUCGAAUUUAUUAUUCAUCUUUUUAAACUCAUUACGCGCUCUCCUCACAAAACCCCGCUUGAAGACCCAGUCAAGGCUUUUCGCUUUAUCAUGGAGCAGCGUUUGCAGUGCCUUAAUUGCAAGAAAGUGCGAUAUCGACGUGAUGAGCAAGACAAUAUUUCUAUACCGGUUCCUGUACGAAAAAUCACAUCAUCCUUUGGAUCCACAAGUAGUGGAAAGGACAACGCCGAUGUUUAUGAACCUGUUUUAUUAAAGCAGUGCCUAGAUAGCUUCACGUCCGAAGAGAUCGUUGAGCUCACUUGCUCUUCAUGUGGUAGCAAUAGUGGCUUUUCGAAGAGGUCCUUAUUUAAGACUUUUCCUGAAGUGCUCAUGAUCAAUGCUAGGCGCUUUGUAAUUUUAAAUUGGGUACCAACAAAAGUUGAUGUACCUGUUGUUGUUGGCGACGAGCCAUUUCUCUUGGAUGAAUACAAGUCUUAUGGGCUUCAGCCAUGUGAGGAACUGUUAACUGACGUUGAAGAAGUCAGGCCGACUUUUACUCCUAAUGAAGAAAGUUUACAGCAGUUAGAAAGUAUGGGAUUCUCACGCAACCGUUGCGAAAGGGCGCUUCAUGCCACUGGGAAUUCUGAUGUAGCCGCGGCAAUGGAAUGGCUAUUUGCUCAUCUGGACGAUGCAGAUAUUGAUUUACCUCUUGAACUCGAGCAUUUCGAGCCUUUAAGAGACUUGGGUGAGCCAGAUUCUGAGAAGAUUGAGGCUCUGGCAGCCAUGGGAUUUAGUCAACAGCAAGCCCGCAAGGCUUUGUGUGAAACAAGUGAUAGUUUAGAGAGGGCUGUCGAAUGGUUAUUUAGUCAUCCAGAAGACACAGGAGAAACUGAACUUUCCCAACCUGGAACUGAUCCUGGGACGACCGCUAUUGAAAAUUUAGAAGCUAGAUGUGGCGAUCUACCAGCUCAAUUUCAACUUCAUUCAAUUAUAUGUCAUAAAGGAGCUAGCACUCAUUCUGGGCAUUAUGUCGCAUUUGUCCGGCGUCAAAUUCCAGAAUCUCAAUCACACGCCUGGGUGCUUUAUAAUGAUGAGAAAGUAGUUCAGGCACUUGACGCGGAGGAAAUGAAAAGAUUUGCAUAUGUAUAUCUCUUCCAGCGUACUUAA